UACCUAGUUCUCAUUUAAAAUGCUACUCGUGAAGAAAUGCCUGAGCUCGCAAAUUCCACACACGUAAAGUACUAGAAUCGGACAAGAUGUAUAUAUGUAAAGAAAAACAUGCGAUUUAUCCUUUAAAAGGGACCUUGAGUCUCAGGAUCGUAUCGUGCGUUCUUAAGGCAGUGUAGCCUCCUAUUUUUUUCUUUGAAUAUCAUAUCCUCCCUUUCCUCUAUGGGGACGCAUAGCGACAACCGCGUCUGCUACUUUACUGCGGGGGUUAAAAGCCAUCGGCGGCUUCCCUCAAUACCUCGUCCGCUACGCCAUUGAUAAAGAAAACGAAGACAACACUCAUAAAGGGGACGUAUCAUCCUUUUCCAGACUGUUUGGCACUGGUUGCACCCGAACGAGGAUAAAUGCAUCCCCAGAGUUACUGGAUUUUUCUCUACUUACUUCCCUUUGUUCUCCCUAGAUAGUACGCUGAGUAAAAUCUAGUUGAUGUCAUAAGGUGAUACUCAUCUCUGAAGUGCUUAAUCAUAAGACUGGGGAAGUCCACUUCCAUCCUCAAGGAAGGCGUAGUGUCUACUUACUGUGCAAAAAGAUUAUCGCAGCUACAUUAAGAAUAAAGCGCUAAAAUUUUCGACCAUCUCAAUAUGGCAUCUCUUUACACACCCGCAGUAUGACGGUAGCGUUUUAUUUUGAUAUUUAUUCUAUCCUUUUGCACUCACACACAUAAUCUGCUUUAUUUCAUAUACAAACCUCAAGAAAAAAUAAGCUAUUGAAAUUGGCCGUUUUGCUAUAAGAAGAGACAACACCAACAAAUUAUAUUGGUUUGGAAGUAGUUUUGCUACGACGUCUUUUCGUUUAUUAUGGAAUUUUUGCUUCUAAAUUCCCAUUUUUUUAUUCAUUGAUGUCGAUACAGAUUUGGGACCCUUUCAAUAUAUAUUUAUAUGUAUUUCCCAUAGUAAGGUGUUUUAUUUACGUAGAUCCUUUUUGGUGGAAAAAGCAAGAGACAAAUGCGUAUAGAAUAUCAGCACAGCAGACCUGUGCAUGUCGAGUUGACAAGAAAGGGAGGCAACGAAGGGGAAAGCGCAAGUUGUUACCUACCCCGCAAUAGCAACGAGGAUGUUCCAUCUACAUCAGUCUCCUAUACCUAUGGGGUUGACAAAGAGAACAGGAACGGUAUCUCGCACGGUGCCCACGCCCUCUCGGCGAGAUCGCAGGAGGAUCCGUCGUCCCGAUUAACUCCCCACCAUAUGAAGCCGAAAGUGGACAGAGCGACCCGUAGCUCGAGGGCGGUGAUGGAGCCGCAAUUCCCCGCCAACACGGAUGGUGUGGAUGAGGGCCGUCCGAACCAGUCACGCGAAAAAUUGUCGAUGGAGAUGGUUGCACCGAUAUACGAGACGUUCCCAGCGCCAACUCCUUCCAAAGCCAUAGAUUUGGUGGCUGAAGGGGGGAGUACCUCGUCGUCCCCAGUUCUUUCCCCAGGAAAAUUGAGUCCCCAACCACCCAUGCUUUCCAACGUUUCCUUGACGAUGAGAUGGGCAAAUCGUAGUUCUCGGGCCUCUACAAACCCCCUUCCUACAAGCAGUAAUAGAAAGGAAAUUGAUGAUAGGGCAGAAAAGAGCCACGUCGCACCUCCCCCUCUUUCUGCCCCUGCUGAGGUAGAGAAAGUACAACAGAGUACCCCACCGCCCCCCGACAGCGUUCAUCCCAGCACAUUUGCCAACCCUUACCAUGGGGAAUUAGCGAAUAUGAGCAGUCCUUUGGAGGACAAAACUAGGAGUCAACCGAGUAGCCCUCCCCCAGAGCAUCCUGCAGAUUAUUACAAUCAAGACAACUAUUCCUCGGAAAGUCCCUCUCCCGCCAGAGAUGAAAUGGAAGGUGGGUCUCCCUAUGGCGGGUGGAUGCAAACUUCUGGUCUGAAUAUGAACGCCGAGCAUGUGGCAGAAUGGCGCAACCCUGGAGAGCAAAACGCAAACGGAGAUAAGGUAUUUGAGACUCAAAGCGGCCUUCGAAUGGAGAGGCGGCCCGAGUUCUCAAGCUUUCACUCGGAGUACUUCUCACGACAACUUGAGAAGGAACUGGGGCCCGCCCGCUCGGGUGCACGCCCGAAGCAGGGCGAAAAUUCCACUGGUGGUAAUAAAAUCCACUCGGAUGGUGCCGCCGUCGCCUCGGCGUCGCGAGUGGCGCGCUCCGGCAGCGAAAGUAGCACGGACUCCUCGGACGACACCACGGCGACCGAAUUAGAGCAGCCUUGUGUGGCGUUUUGCGUCGACCGUAGCGAUCCGGAAGGAUGGCGGUUGCGGCGGCCGCGACGGCACGCCUUUGAGUGGCCGCUCCAUCAACUUCAGCUCCUCGCCUGCGGGUUAUCGGCGAUUGGCGUGGGGCUCUUCUACGCCGGGGUGCUGAUGGGGUACAUCGUCGUCUACAAAGGUGGACAUCCGAGCUGCGUGAGGGAACUUGUGACAUUUGUGACAGUCGAGUCCGUGCUUCUUUUGGUGUACCUCAUCACCUGGUUGUGGAUUUCGUUCUUGGAGAAUGGGGAUGUGGAAGGGGUGGGGGAGUUCUGCCUCUACUGCUGCCGGGACACCCAUGUGGAGUCGAAGCACUGCAAGGCCUGCAAUAAGUGCAUUGUCGGCUUCGAUCAUCAUUGUAAGUGGCUGAACAUGUGCAUUGGGGUGAAGAACUACCGCCUCUUUAUCGUUUACCUCUCCUCCGCAAUUUUUACAAUGGGAGUUGCGCUAGCGAGCAGUCUCGUCUUGAUGUUGCGAUGGUGGAAAGAACUGACGGCGAGUCAUACGUACUUAAUUGUGGUGUUGAUUUUGUUGUCUGUGUUGAUGCUGCUCGGCUUGAUUCCGACGAUCCAUCUCAUGGGGUUUCAUGUCAUGUUAAAUCUUAAGCGUAUGUCCACGUACGACUACAUCCAAUACAAACGGAAUAAAAAGUUCAACCAACAUAUCUAG